UAUACAAGUGUCUUGCCAGACGCACCCAGAAAACGCAUUUUGAUGGCGUCAUGUCGGCGCCGCGACGCCGGAAAUGUAGUUUUUUUUGUUUUUUUUUUUGUUGGAGGCAGAAUAGCCUGAUAGUUGUGGCGGUAAGCGUGUGUUGUGAGUAGCGAUGGAUCCUGGUGGUUAAGGUUCCGUCCAUCCAGAAGCAACACCGGCCUGACAGACUCCUGCACGGGACGUUUUUACCGGAAAUCGGCUGCAUUUGGAAGGAGCGGGCCGUUAGCUGCUAACCGGCUGGCGUGUUGUUAGCUUUGUAGCCGCAUCCUGGGGUUCUUAUCAGCCUGACCACUCGGAGACCCAACAGGCGAGCUUCAGUCUGCAGCUGGAAGAGGCAAGAUCAGAGGUCAUGUUUCUCCACUAUGAGCUCAGUCCGAAAACGCCUGAAAUUAAGCCCAGCCAAGCAGCAGCAUGCCUCCAGCAGCUCCGGUGUUGGACCUGCGCCGCUCAGCUCUGAUGAUGGCCUGCUGCUGCCACCAGCUGCUCCAUGUCAGGCAGAGGAAGAGGAGGAGGAAGGCUACCUGCUGGUGGAGGAAGACACCACUGACUCCAGCCUCAUCAUCACUAUGGAGGACAGCCAGAAGGAAGUAAAGGCUCAGAGGAAGAAGGCGGCGAAGCGUAAAAAACGGACGCUGAACGAGAAGGAAGUUGAUGAUCAGGGCAGGAAGUCAGAGACGGAGGAGGAGGAAGAGACGGGCGUGGAGGUGGAGAUCGACAAAGAUCUGGACCAGGCUCUGGAGACCAAGUCCAAACAGCACAACCUGACCACUGUGAACGUUAAAAACAUCAUUCAUGAAGUGAUCACCAAUGAACAUGUGGUUGCCAUGAUGAAAGCGGCCAUCAAUGAGACAGAAGCUGUUCCUCCGUUUGAGCCUAAAAUGACUCGAUCCAAGUUUAAAGAAGUGGUGGAGAAGGGUGUGGUGAUUCCCACCUGGAAUAUCUCACCCAUCAAGAAAAGCAGCGACGUCACCAAGGCUCCUCAGUUUGUGGACAUCCCAUUGGAAGAGGAAGACUCCUCCGACGAAGAAUAUCGUCCAGACGAGGAAGAGGAGGAUGAGACGGCUGAAGAUACGUUCCAGGAGAGCGACAUGGAGAGCACAGCUUCGUCCCCCAAAGGGACUCGGCUGAAUCGAGCUGAAGAUGACAGCUGCAGCCCCUGGCAGACGUCUCGAAUUCGGUCCCGGCGUUUGAAGGAAGGGUUAAUGGGGCCCCCUCCUCCUCCUAAAGCCCCACCCUCUAAAGGCGCGACGGACAGCAGCUUCCUGGAGAAGCUGCACGCGGUUGAGGAGGAGCUAGCUGGCUGCAUGGAGCCAUAUCAGCCUAUGUCUGAGUCAGAGGAUGAGUCCGGGGUGAUGGCGUGCCGGACCCGGUCCAAGCGUCCUCUCCGCGACGUCCCGUUAGGCCAGCUGGAGGCGGAGCUCCGAGCCCCGGACAUUACCCCAGACAUGUACGACUCCAGCUCGGCGCCUGAGGACCGGGACUGGACCGACUGGCUGAGAGGCCUGAUGAGCUCAGACGUUGAUAACGAAGAGGAGUGUGACGAUGAAGAUGAUCCAGAGUACAACUUCCUGGCCGACAUCGAUGAGCCUGACCUGGAGGAUUACCGUGAUGACAAGGCCGUCCGCAUCACCAAGAAGGAAGUGAACGAGCUGAUGGAGGAGCUGUUUGAAACGCUGAAGGAAGACCUGGCUGGACAGGAAGUGGACGACGAAGAUGAGGAGCAGCAGGAGGAAACGCCCUCUUUUCAGGCCUUAACGCUGGAGGAGCAGCGCGUAGGCGCGGCCGAAGACGAGGCUGAGGACGAGCCAAUCACAGGGCUGCGAACGGUGAGGCAGCAGCUGGCUCUGAUCAGGAAGCGGCGGCAGACAAACCCGAUGUUCAGCGCUCAGAGUCCAGAACCGUUCACCCUGACGCUCAGCCCGCAGCAGCGGCAGCGGCUUCAGCAGCAGCUGCAGCAGCACAUCCAGCUGCUGACUCAGAUCAACCUGCUGGCCUCACCUGUCCCCAAGCUGCACAGUGAGGCGGAGACCACCAGGCAGUUCCUGUUUGAGUUGGACAUGUUGGCUCAGAGUGGAGAAAUCUUCAGGUCUGCAGAUGAUCCCGGUUUCCGCAGUUCUUUCAGAACCACCAACCUGCAGGGGGCGCUGGAGCUUCUGGAGGAACUGCGGCAGACGCCCAUCGACUACCGGCCGCAGAACCACAAGCCCGACGGCAGAGGACACAUGCGCUGUUUCCCCGUCAUGCCAGCUGAGCUCGCCUGGCUGUUCGCCACCCGACCCGUGUUCCUCUACCCUGAACUGCUGCCUUGUGCCAACCUGGACCCAGCGAUGUACUGCCCCCGCAGGACGGCGGCCUUCACUGCAGCAGAGGACUGUCUGCUGGUCCUCGGCCUCAGGAACAUGGAGGGAGCCUGCGACCCGCCAAAGCUUGUGUCUCAGUUUCUGCUCAGGAAAACCGUGGUGCAAGUCCGCCGCAGGAUCCUGCAGUGCUGCAGACCUGGAAGUCCUGACAACAUCGUAAAAGCCUUCAGGUACCAGCAGGUGGUGUGGCCCAUGAUGGCGGCCUGCAGUAAUGUUGAUCCGGCCGAACUGCGCCCCCCAGUGGCGAGAGAGGAGAAGAGCAUGCCUCUCUGGCUCGUGCGGAGCCUUCCUGUUAUCUAUCCCAUCAUCAAACUCUUCAACAGCCCGCCCGGUUCCUCCCCGGAGGCGCCGGCCUCCAGCAGGCGGGGUAAAACCCGACACCUGGCACAGCUGCGGUCCAGCUACAGCUUCCCGUCCGGGACCAGGUACCCGCCUCGCCUCCCUCAGAACCUGGACUUCAGACGCAUCGGGUUCUUCCUGCUGCAGCCGCCGCUGGCCGCCUCGCCUCAGGACGCCUCCGAGGGUCCGGCCGACCGCGCCUCCCAUGUCCUCCUGAAGCGCCUUCUGCUGAGCAGGAAGGAGCAGAACUCCGACAUCAUCAUCACCUCCACCAUCUCUCUGCCGACGACGGAGCAGAUUAAAUACCACAGCAGGACGCUGGCCGGCCUGAGGAGGAGGAGCAGCAGGAGGAGGAAGACGAGGCCGUGUGCUCCUGCUGCAGGGAAACCGAGCCUGAAGGAAGUCGCUUCUUCUCAGAGUUCUGCUUCCUGUGUGGACGCAGGCGACGAAGACGAGGCCACCGCUGAGGAAGAGCUGGAGGAGGAGAGCGACGUGCUCCUGGUUUUAUCCGAAUCUUCGCCCAGCGUUUCCCAUGACGACGACGACGACCUGCCGGGUCUGUCAGAGUCAGAACCGCAGAGGAAAACAGCAGAAGAUGAAGAUGAAGAAGAGGCCCAGCAGCAGGAGAAGUUUUCAUCGGAGGAAACUGAGGAAGAGGAGGACGAUGGUCAGAGGGAGUCGGAGGACGUGGUGUUCGCUCAGGAUUACCUCCACAGAGUGUGUGAAGCGGUCCAGGUGCGUCCGGGCCUUUCUGAGCAGCUGCUGCAGGUGUUGGAUGAGUUUUCAGCCUCGGGGCCCUCAGGGGCCCCAGAGGUUCUCUAUGACAGGCUGGGCUGUUUGCUGCGGCCGUGGCCUCAGCUGCUCAAGGACUUCGCCGCCUUCCUGAAUCCCAGACAAGCGCGCCGAUGUGGACUGCUGCUGGAGCAGCGGCUGUUUGAGCGCAGCCGGCGGUUCCUGAGGCGGAUGGGCCGCAGCCUGGGGGAAAGCUCGCCGCUCUACCAGCAGGUGGUGUCUGUGCUGCAGGGAAGCUCCGCCCCCUCAUCGGACGACGUGCACAAGGUUUCUUCUUUGCUCAGGAAGCAUCCGGACCUGCAGGACGAGGUCCAGGAGAUUUUCCAGCAGCUCCACAGCUGCUCCCAGUCCGCCGGUCAGAACCCCAGCAGCGGUACAGGGGAGCCCAUCGACCCCUUGGUGGAAGGUGAUGAAGAUGACGACAGGGAGCAGCAAGCGGUUUGUGCCAAAAACAUCACAGUUUCCUCCAGUGGAGAGAAGGUCGUGGUUUGGACCCGUGAUGCUGACCGCGCCAUCCUGACAGCCUGCCAGCAGAGAGGAGCCACAACGAAGACAUUCAGACAGGUGUCUGCCCUGCUGGGCAAUAAGACUGUCAAACAGGUGCGACUUCGUUUCCAGGACCUGAUGAAGCUUUUCCUCUCCGCGUCCCAGAGGUCCAGCAGAGCAGAAUCGGCUCCGGACUGAUCCGGACGCUCCUGGAGGAGUUUGUUUAUGACCACAAAGUGGAUCCGUUUCUGAACCGGUGACUUCUGAUGGAGGUUUACCUGAAUCCAGCCCAGCAGAGGGCGCUCAUGAGCCACAGCUGCUUUAGUUUAGGAACUUUAAGUUGAGGUGGAGGAGCCCAGGGCAGGUCACUUCCUGUGAGGGGAUAAACACAGAAUCACAGCUAGUUAUUAUUAUUUUAGUUUUGAUUUGACCCCGGUGCUGUGAAAAAGGUUCUGAAAGUCCAACUUUCCUCUGAGCUAUAACCCUGAAUGUGCCGGUCACUGUGAACAUCUUAUGAGGGAUUCAGAGUGUUUGUGCUUCUGGUGAACCAGCUUGAACGUAUUUAUUGUUGUGUGUGUUUAAUAUGUCUGUAAUGACCUCAGUGAUGUUGGGUUGAUGCUCUGAAGGUUUUGGUUUCAAUCCCAACAUUCCCACUGCCGAGCUGAAGACAUAAGGAAUGAGUGUAAAAACUGAUGCUGGCGCUCUCCAUGUUGGGUUCCUGGACUCUGAAAUGCCUUAAACAUUUGGUUUCCCUUCAGUCUCAACACAUCUGUUUUUACUGGCAGCUUUAAUUAUUCAGGAUUGGUGGUCAAUAGCCGUUUAAUAGCAAUUUAACAUAAGUUAGUAUUCCCUUAAGUAGAAUUACAGCUUUUUUUCCCCUGUAACUUCUACUAGCAAGUGGUUUUUAUACUAAGACUCUGAACAUCAGAAAAAACAAUUAUCUUGUCCUAAUAGAGCAAAACGAAAACUUUCCAAAAGCCUUGAUCACAUCUUCGAGGAAGGUUUUCUUGAAGUGACUGCUUAUUUGUAUUUAACAUGGACAAAAAAACACAAAUUCAAUAAAAAUGUCCUAUAUUUUUUGAAA